AAGCCCAAAGCGAUUGUCCAAAUUCGCAAAAAGCCCUCUUUGUCUCUGCGUCAUCGUCUUCAAUUCUCAAAGCCCACACCACUCUCUCUAGCAGAGUUUCUCUUUCUCUCACCUCGAACACCAACAAAAACAACAUCAAAUAACAAAAUCACCCUUCCUCUUCUUCAUUCAACUUCUAGAGAGAGAAACACAUAGCCCCGAAUUUCACAAGCUACGCUUCCAUCAUGACUCACUCCUACAGAUUCCAUGGCUUGCAUUUCCUGCACAACGUUACUUUCUAGGGCUAAUUCGAGAGAUAUCCCUCUUUUUUCCAAAACCCUAGAAAGUUGGGACUUCGUUGAAUUGUGCCCUAGUUUCCAAUUUCAGCGACUAUUUGUAUGUUCAGCAGAUUCUGUAUUAAAUGGGAAGUGAAGCUCUUAGAUAUUAAGGGCGGGAAUGCAUGAAUGUAACUCUGGAUCUGCUCAUGUUGUAAAUGCUGAGGUUGAUUCCAUGGGAGGUGUUGUGGAUGGCGGAGUUGGUAUAGGUUUGAAAACCUCUCCGCGCCGAGCAGCAAUUGAGAAGGCUCAAGCAGAGCUCAGACAGGAGUACGGCGUUCGUGAAGAAAGAAGAAAGGAGCUAGAAUUUCUUGAAAAGGGUGGGAACCCUCUUGACUUUAAGUUAGGGAAUGUUGCUUCUGUUAGUGUUCAGUCUACUUCACUUGCUGAUCAACAUCAGGAACAGUUUGUGACCAGUGAAGCUAAAGGUAGUUUUGUAUUGACUGCCUCCCCUCACGGUGACUCUGUAGACAGUAGUGCUAGACCGGGUGCUCCUUCUAUUAGUGAGCCAAAUACUGCUGAUAACCUCUUACUUUUUGAUGGUGAGAAUGAGUUGGCCGAAGGAGAAAAGCGAUCUUUACAUUCAUAUAGAAGAAAUAAUAUUACUCCUUCAGAACAGUCUUCUCAAAUUGGCGGGAGUCAAAAUGCUAAAGAGACUGAAGACUCUGCUAUAUUUCGCCCAUAUGCUCGAAGAAACAGAUCCAGACCAAAUCAUGGUUCCCGGGGGGGUUCAAGGGACGGAAAGGGUUUGUUAUCAGAUACAAACAAUCAAAAGGAUCACAAUGUGCCUUCUGUUUCCAAGCCAAAGCCUACUAGUUUAAAUGGCGAGAAACUUGUUAAAGAUCCAACAACAAAUGAUCUGUUGGAUAAUGAAUUUGUGGGUCCUCGAGCUCAUCAAAAAAAUAAUAUUAGUGCUAGUGUUGCUGCAGACAAAUUAGAUAUUACAUUGAAUAGAGACUUCAAAGAAGAUCAACGUAGUGUACCUGCUCAAGAUGAUACUGUACAGAAACCACUUGUCUUGUCUUCUGUCAAAACUAGUGCAGGUGGUGAAAUGAAACCAGGAGCUUCAGGUGAACUUGAGCUUUCACCCUGCGUAGCUGCUGGACAACUAGGAGAUGAUUCUUGUCCUGGUCCGACAAAUAGUUUUGACAACAUAGAAGUGGACAGGAAAGCUGCACCCCCUGAAGACCAAAAUUGCAGUGUUGCAUUAGGCCUGAAGAGUUUUGAUCCAGAAUGCUGUAAUGCUCAACCUAGUUUAGCUAGAGAUGUAAAUAGUGAUACCAAUAUGUGUACUAAUACAGAAAAUGCUGAUGCAAAUGGAAUUUCAUUUGAACAAACAUUGAUUGGGAAGAAACUAAAUUCAACUGGUUACGAAGCUGUAAAAGAAAGGAGUAACACCAACAUUGGUGAAGGUGCUGCUACUGUUGACAAUGAACAUGCUACUGGUUAUGUAAACCAUUCUGGUAGUGAUAUUAUCAUAAAAAAUGAAGACGACAUCCAAAUGAAUAGUUCUUGCAUGCAAAACAAAUUGAAAGACUCGUCCAAUAUUAGAGGACUGCAUAACAAUGACAGUUCUAUAUUGAAGGCUGAUAAAAAGGAAAGUGUUGUCAUGGUUGAUCGUUCCAAUUCUAGCAAGGAUGAAGGCUGUGAAAGGCUUAAAGUUUCUGUAGAUUUGUCAGUUUCUGCAAAUCCUCAAAGUACUCUGGCUGAAAAGUUUACUACUGCUGUGUCUGAUUGUCAACCAUGUACACCGCACCACUCGAAGUUAGCUGACAAGGCCCAUGAAGAUUCUAUUUUGGAAGAGGCUCGAAUUAUCGAGGUCAAGCGGAAGAGAAUUAUGGAGUUAUCUGCUCACACAUUACCUUCACCUGUCCUCCGGAAGUCUCACUGGGAUUUUGUCCUAGAGGAAAUGGCUUGGUUGGCAAAUGAUUUUGCACAGGAGCGUCUUUGGAAGACAACUGCUGCUGCACAACUCUGUCAUCAGGCUUCUUUUACUUCUCGGCUAAGAUUUGAAACACAAAACAAGAAUUUGGAGAUGAAAAUGUUGUCUCACACCAUGGCAAAGGCUGUCAUGCAGUUUUGGCAUUCGGUUGAACUACUACUGGACAAGGAUGUUCCUGACCAUAACUGUGAUCGCGGUUCAGUUGAAUCUAAAAAAAUUGAUUCAAAUGAAGCUUCUAGGGACAAGCGAAAAAAUUCCGAAAUGGUGCAGGAUACAAACAACUACUUGAAGGGACAAAACCCCAGAAAAAAUGUGAAACUCAAAAUACAUUCCUAUGCUUUGAGGUAUUUGAUAGAUAGUAGGUCGCAUGGGAUUUCCUCUCAUGCCGAAGCACCGACAACUCCUGAUAAGAUAUUUGAUUCAGGCACUGUUGACAUGUCAUGGGAGGAACAUCUUACAGAAGAAAGUCUUUUCUAUACAGUUCCUCACACUGCCAUGGAAACUUACAGAAAAUCCAUUGAAUCUCAUUUCCUACAGUGCGAGAAAACUGGUAGUAGCAUUCAAGAAGAAGUUGAAACAUCCAUAUAUGAUACUGGAGCAGAGUUUGGGUUUGAUGAGGUUGCAUACGAUGAAGAUGAAGGAGAAACCAGCACUUAUUAUUUGCCUGGUACCUAUGAAAGUAGAAGAUCAUUGAAGUCAGUUCAGAAGAAGCACAAAAACAGGAUAAAGGCUUACACUCAAAGGUCCAGUGAAAUUGGAACUGAUUUUGCUUAUGCACAUUAUUCAACUGGAGCUCAUCCGUCCACACUAUCUGGAAGUAGGCCUGCUAAUUUAAAUGUUGGUACGGUUCCAACGAGACGCUUGCGUACAGCUUCUUCUCGACAAAGAGUUGUGAGUCCUUUUGCAGUGGUCGCUGGGACAGUGCAGGCUCUAGCUAAGACAGAUGCUGCUUCAAGUGGAGAUACCAAUUCCUUUCAGGAUGACCAGUGUACUUUACAUGUUGGAUUGCAGCUCCAGAAAAGUAUGGAGGUGGAGUCGGUUGGAGAUUUUGAAAAACAGUUACCUUAUGAUUGUGGUGAAACAUCGGUUAAAAUAAAGAAAAAGAAGCCCAAGAAUCUGGGUUCUGGAUAUGAUCAGGGAUGGCAGUUGGAUUCUGUUGUUCUAAGUGAACAGAGGGAUCAUUCCAAGAAGAGAUUGGAUAGUCAUCACUUUGAAUCCAAUGGAAAUAGUGGUUUGUAUGGGCAACACAAUGUGAAGAAGCAGAAGAUGACAAAGCAAUCACUUGAAACUUUUGACAAUAUUUCUCCAAUAAAUAAUUCUAUUCCCUCCCCAGCUGCCUCACAAAUGAGUAACAUGUCCAAUCCAAAUAAAUUUAUCAGAAUCAUUAAUGGACGGGAUAGGGGAAGAAAAGGCAAACCACAAAAGAAUUCUGCUGGAGGACAGCCUGGUUCUGGAAGUUCUUGGACACUAUUUGAAGAUCAGGCUCUUGUUGUCCUGGUUCAUGAUAUGGGUCCUAACUGGGAGUUUGUAAGUGAUGCUGUCAACAGUACUUUACAAUUCAAGUGUAUUUUUCGGAAACCAAAAGAAUGCAAGGAGCGUCACAAGAUUUUAAUGGACAAAAGUGCCGGUGAUGGUGCUGAUAGUGCUGAAGAUUCAGGGUCUUCUCAGUCAUACCCUUCUACACUACCUGGAAUUCCAAAGCAGGGUAGUGCCAGGCAGUUGUUUCAACGUUUGCAAGGGCCAAUGGAGGAGGAGACUUUGAAGAAUCAUUUUGAUAAAAUUAUCAUGAUUGGGCAGAAGCAACGUUACCACAGGAAUCAGAAUGAUAACCAGGAUUUAAAACAAAUAACAACUGUCCAUAAUUCUCAUGUGAUUGCUCUUUCCCAAGUUUGCCCGAACAACUUGAAUGGAGGACUUUUGACGCCCCUUGAUCUAUGUGAUACAAAUGUAAGUAGCCCAGAUGUGCUAUCACUUGGGUAUCAGGGUUCUCAUGCUGGGGGUUUAGCAUUACCAAAUCACAGUUCUGUACCAUCAGCGCUUCCUUCGACUGGGUUAAGCUCUUCUAACCCACCGUCUUCUGGUAUCAGUCUUAGCAAUAACUUGUCAUCACCAUCUGGUCCAAUGGCAGCCUCUGUUAGGGAUAGCAGGUAUGGAGUUCCGAGAGGCGUACCCUUAUCAGUAGAUGAACAGCAGAGAUUACAACAAUAUAAUCAGAUGAUAUCCGGCAGAAACAUUCAGCAGUCUAGCAUGUCGGUUCCUGGUUCUCAUUCAGGAAGUGAUCGUGGUGUUCGCAUGCUUUCUGGUGCGAAUGGUAUGGGCAUGAUGGGUGGGAUUAGCAGAAGCAUUGCAAUGGCUAGGCCAGGUUUUCAAGGAAUGACAUCUUCAUCUAUGCUUAGUUCUGGGGGAAUGCUUUCAUCUAGUAUGGUGGGGAUGCCAAGCCCUGUAAAUAUGCACCCCGGAGUUAGUGCUGGACAAGGAAACUCAAUGAUGAGACCCCGUGAUACUGUACAUAUGAUGAGGCCUGGCCAUAAUCAAGGACACCCAAGGCAAAUGAUGGUUCCGGAACUUCCAAUGCAGGUCACCCAAGGAAACAGCCAAGGCAUUCCAGCUUUUAGUGGGAUGAGUUCUGCUUUUAAUAGUCAGACAACACCCCCAUCUGCUCAGCAAUACCCAGGACAUGCCCAGCAACAGUCUCAUCUCAGCAAUCCCCAUCCUCAUCUUCAAGGUUCGAAUCACACAACAAAUUCUCAACAAGCCUACGCAAUCCGAUUGGCAAAGGAAAGGCAACUGCACCAGCAGCGUUAUCUUCAACAGCAGCAACAGCAGCUUGCUGCAACAAAUCCACCAAUUACACAUGUUCAAGCACAGAGUUCCCAGGCCCAACCACAAAGUUCAUCUCAGCAAGUAUCUGUUUCCCCUGCAACACCAUCAUCUCCUUUGACUCCGAUGUCAUCUCAGCAUCAGCAGCAGAAACAUCAUCUGCCACAACCUGGGUUCAGUAGAAAUCCUGUUUCUAGUGUGACUAGUCAAGCAGUGAAGCAACGACAACGGCAGGCACAACAGAGGCAGUAUCAACAGCCUGCGAGGCAGCAUCCUAAUCAGCCACAGCAGGCUAAGCUUUUGAAGGGAAUAGGAAGAGGAAACAUGUUGAUCCAUCAGAAUAAUUCUGUUGAUCCUUCUCAUAUAAAUGGGUUAUCCGUAGCUUCAGGAAGCCAACCUGUUGAGAAAGGUGAUCAAAUCACACAAAUGAUGCAAGGUCAAACUUUAUAUCCUGGAUCUGGUUUAGAUCCAAGUCAACCACCCAAGCCCCCAGGUUCUGCUCAUCCUUCUAAUAGUUGCCAAUUGCAGCAGAAGCUACAUUCUGGAUCAACCAGCUCUUCAUCGAAGCAACAUAAGUCAUUGGCAUCUCCUUCUGACAGUAACAUACAAGUUCAGGUUUCACCGGUUAUUUCAGGUCAUAUAGCUACACCAACACAGCCUGCUGCUGUUGCUCCCAACCAUAAUCAACUACAGGUGCAAUCUCAUACACAGUCUAAGCAAAUUAAUCAAACACAACCAAAUGUUCAGGUGACCUUGCAACAAAACUGUCAGGUGCAUUCUGAGUCAUUAAGCACGUCUCAACCUGAUUCACUUAAAAUUGAUCAACAGCCUGGAAAUAGUGCUUCUCAAGUUAGUACAAGCACCUCAAUGUCUCAAGGUUCUAUGGAUUCAGCUAGUGUGUUAGCAGUUGCUCCUACGGCAUCUUCUCAGUGGAAAACUUCAGAGCCACCAUUUGGUUCCCCCAUGCCCAAUCCAGUUAUUCAAGUGAGCUCUAUGGAGGGUACAUCUGUUGGAAAUUCUGUUGCAACUGAGUCAUCGACUGUUAAUCAAGGGCUGGGCCCACGACAGUCAUCGGCUAACUUGCCUUCUCAUGCACAUACUUCCGGGGCACAGUGGCAGCAUCAUCAGCCUUUGUCUCUUAAACAACAACAGUCUUUGUUGCAACCUAACAUAUCUCAACAGUCAUGCCAACUACCAGAACAGCAUCAACCGCAGCAACAAGAGCAGGAGCAACAUUUUCCCAAAGAUGUGGCUUUGCAACAUCAACAAGUUCAAAAUCUACAACCAGAGCAGAGCAGUUUGCUUAUCCGUCCACCUAACUCUAACGUGGAAUGAUGUCUUCUGAUGGAUGGAGCAGCUGUGAGUAUGCUCGGUUCUGUCAGGACUAGAAUCUGUAGGCCCUUUUGUCAGCACUGUACAGAUGAAGCUGGUCAUUCAUGUGGGCUUUGGGAUAUGGAGACGGGUAUCCAUUGUUUACUGCGGGUCCUGUUAAACGAUUAACAAAUUUAUAUUGGUAGGCAGCAUUGCAUGCUUUAUUCUUCUUUCAAAAGUCUUGUAUAUUACCACUGUUCUUAGAGGGGGUUCUUCUCCCAUUUAUUUUUUUGGAAAGAGACGAAGAUAGAGGUACAUGUACAGGGUCGUCUCUUUUUUCCUUGUACUUUCACCCCUUUUUUAUUUUUCUUGUUCUCCCUGCUCUUGUGCAGAGGAACAAUUUUUUGUUCUGUUAGAUUAGAUUAUGUAUUAUUAUACCCUGUUAGAUGUUUGGGAUAGCUAUCAUUUUUAUGAGCAAAAGCCAAUUCAAAAUUUUGUGAAUACAAUAUUUCUGAUAUAUGGACCAAUCGAUAGUGUGGUUACAUGCUCAA